AUGAAUAUUCUCGAUUUACAGAUUGACAGGGUCUCUCAAGAGGAAAAUGAGAAGUCGAAACAGCUGGUCUCCGAGUUGGAGGAGCUGUCCAAGAGUACAGCGAAGAGGGGUGCAGUCAAGAAAUAUACCAACAUAGUUGAUGGUACCGAUGUUGAAAUAUCCAGCUGGAGAUUCAACGAAUGGGACUAUUCUUCCAAAAAAGUGAAGCUGCCUAUCUAUGCGAGAGGCCUGUUCACGGUUGGCGACCGCAUUGUCUGUCGUGGAUACGAUAAAUUCUUCAAUGUCGACGAGCUCGGCUCAGUCUCGAAAAAAGCGUUACAGGAAACCACCACAGGACCCUAUACACUGACCGUCAAAGCAAACGGAUGUAUUGUUUUCAUUUCUGGCCUCGAGAACGGGACACUGGUUGUGUGUUCGAAAAACUCGACCGGAUAUCGUGAUGAGCUCACUCACAACCACGCACUGGCUGCGCAGGCUGCUCUGAAAAGACAGCUCGAGAAGAAAGGCAUUAACCCAAAGGAACUCGCAACAACCCUCCACCAGCUGGGCAUGACCGCAGUGGCAGAGUACUGUGACGACUCAUUUGAAGAGCAUAUUAUAGAGUAUACGCAAGAAAAGGCAGGACUAUACCUACACGGGCUUAACUACAACACCUGUGAUUUUAAAACCUGUUCCAUGACUGUGGUAACCAGUUUUGCACAAGCUUUUGGGUUCAAAACCAUUGACUAUUUUGAGCUUCCAACUUUUAAAGCGGCUAUGGAGUUUCUGGAAAAGGCGAGCGAGACUGGACUCCACAAGGGGGAAGAAAUAGAAGGCUUUGUUGUGAGGUGCCAAAAAGACAACUCUGACUUCUUUUUCAAGUACAAAUUUGAAGAGCCAUACCUACUCUAUAGAGAGCUACGUGAGGUCACCAAACAGUACCUGGCAAAAGGAGUCGACAAGGUCAGCUUCAAGAAUCACAAGCUGAUUUGCAUGGAUUAUCUAAAAUUUGUGAUCCCGUUGUUUGAUACUGAGCCAGCACUUAAGGAAGACUAUCUGAAAGGCAAAGGUAUUGUCAAAAUGCGGAAGCUUUACAUGGAGCAUAAGCAGCAGUCGGUCUCUGAAAUAAUCAAGGAGGAACAGUCCGUGGCAAAACUAGAAGAAGAGCUGAAGUGUGCGGGCUAUGGCCAAGACACAUGUAAAUAUGUUCUAGUCACUGUAGCCACAAUCGGCUGCGGCAAAACAACAACAUCGAUGACGUUGGCAAACCUGUUUCCCGAUCUAAUAGGCGUCGUUCAAAGUGACGACAUUCCAUCUCCAAUUAAGAAUAAACAGGUAGCCAAAUGUUUGGAAGUUUUGGUGGAAAAGCCAAUUGUGAUCCUUGACAGAAAUAACCACAAAUUCAUCGAAAGACAACAAACUUUCGAGUACUUUGCGGAUCUCAACAAACUGAUCCCGGCGUCGAAGCUUAAAUUCAUCUGCUUGAACUUCUUAGGAAAUAUGUCCAAGGAUGAUCCAAAACUUUGGGAAAUUACCAGAGCGCGCGUUUUGGAGAGAGGAGAUAAUCAUCAGAGCAUCAAAGUUGAACGGGACGGGUCUUAUAAAGCCGAAAUGAUCAUGAAGGGUUUCCUGGGAAGAUUCCAACCUGUCGAAAAAGACAAGUUCCCUGACUCAAGAUUUGAUCAUAUUAUCGACCUUGUAGUGGAGAAGAAUUCUUCGUUGGAGAAUGCCAAACUCAUAACUCGCACACUCGCUGAAAUUGCGUCCGACUUGAAUGUUCAGUAUCCGAACGAGGAGCAAUUCCUGGAGGCUUACCAGAAAGCCCUUGAAUUCAAGCCAGUGGUGACGAAGAAUUUCAAGACGAAAAAGCAGAAACCACAGUAUUUCGGCAUUCAAGUAAACGAUAUUGAUAAAUUAGGCCAGAUCCACGAGAUUGGCUUUUUCAAACAAUUACAGGAAGCAAACCGAGUCAAAAAAGAGUUCCACAUCACGCUGAUUCACGUUGGAUCUACCAAAAAAAAUCCUCCGAUGAAGGCAAUUUACCAGAAGUAUUGCGAGCUGAUUAAAGAUACGGAGCAUAUCAACGACCAGAUCGAAUUGCCAUAUAAAGCCGACGCGAAACUUGUCCGGAUAUGUUGGAAUUCCAGAGUAAUGUGCAUCGAGGCGGAAGUGAAGCGUAUCUAUGGAAAGGAGGGCGAGCGCUUGGAUAGUUUGGGCAUAGGAAAUAGAUAUCCACACAUCACUGUGGGUACUAUCUCAGAGAAGGUGCAAGCUGUUGAAUCAAACAAACUGCUUGCAGACUUGCACGACUUUGGGGAUGAGAAUAUUAAUACACAAGACUUGAAUAUUGAGUUGAAUCAGCUACCCUUGUUCGUCCACUAUUGA